UUUCUCUUCACUUAUUAAUUUAUUCCUCCAUCUCCCUCCCCUCUUUUCUCUUUCUUUCUCUUACCUCCAUUCUCUCUCUCUCUUUCUUUUGCUUCUCCCAUCCCACCCCACCCCGUAUUAUACCUCCGCAAUCUCCAGCUGAUAAAACUGCAAAAUAAUUCAAAUGGUUUAAACGACCAUCUUUUUCAAGGGACGACAACACACCGGAAGUGAGGUAGAAAUCAAACAAUCUUUGUAAUCUGUGGAACAGCACAAACCCGACAAAAUGUCCUUGGACUUACCAGUUAUCCACAUCCAAAACAAUCAUAUGACUGUCUGUCUCGCGAAUAACGUAAACCCUUUAACUGGACACCGAACUGAAGACCUCACGGUCACAGUUUCACCAAGAAAUGAUAGACCACUGACUGGACACCGUAAGAAACGUAAAAUUGAACGUCGGACAACGAUUGGCUGUCCCUUGACCGGUCAUCGUAACAAAUGCAGCGUCAUUACACAGGAAACUAAUGAAAACGGUUUGCUUCGAGGAGACUCUAAUCGUGAGAGUAAAAUCAACGCCAGGCGUUCUUGUGCGGCGGCAAAUGUUGAAUCAGUCAUAGAAACUGUGGCAGACGACAGCCUACCAAUAGACUCAUUUUGUGCCUCCACUGAUGAUCAAAAUUUAACAACGCCAGACAACAGACUUAACCGACGCGUAGACAGUGUCCAGUCUUUGGACAAUAUCACUAAUUUAGGGACCACGCCAUUAGUAGAAAAAAUCCGAGCGAAAUCUGACCGUACUUUAGACUAUCAGCGACCAUCGAUCAACUCUAGACUGAGUUUAUGUUCUAGCGGAAGUUUUAGGCACAUAGAAAGCGUCACAGUUCGAUGCCAACAAGAAUCAUUGGUAAAACAAUGCGUAAGUUCAAACGAUGCGAAUUCACACGGGGAAACAAUUAAUUCGAAUAAAUCAAUUGCCAUGGAAUCGAUCCCUUCGCGUUCGCGUAGAGGCUCGAUAAACGUUGAAAGAGGUGCCAUUCCAGUUUUACUAAGAAAUGCUUCAACACCUAUUAAAGAAUAUAAUUCACCGUCGAAAUAUAGCGUUGAAAGUCUGGAACCGUUGCCUCUUGAGUCGCUCUCUGUCGAAUCGUUAGAACACCAACCACAUUUCACAUCAGUCGAACACAGUCCAAACAAAGCGUUUAAAGAAAAUAUGGAGUCUUCCUUAAUGCAAACUAAAGCAAUUAUUCGUAGUCUUAGUUGUCGGUUGAAGCAAUCGCUGCGGCGGUCAAAGAGCAACCUUGAAGGUUCGAUUGGUGCUAAAUUCAAAGAAACCAAAGCUUCCUUGAACAGUAUUAAACUGACGCCAUCUUCAAGUCCAGCAAACAAUUCCGAUAACAAACGUUCUAAACUUUACUCGAAUAGUUCUGCCGACAACAUCUUCGAGAAUUCUGUCGGUAAUCAAUCUGAGAAACAAUGGAGACGUUCUUUCUUGCGUUACUCAAAGAGCAAUUCUUCUCGAGAUACAAACCGAAAGACUUACUUUAACCUCCUGGCACCGAAUAAAUUUGCCAAAAAUGCAAGUAGCAGCGAAGAUAUUAUAAAAGGGAAAGAAAAUAACAAAAAACACAUCCUUCAUGCCAACAGCAAUUUGGAAUGUUCAAACAUGAAGGAGCCGACUAUUGUUUCGUCGGUUACAUGUUUGGAAGCAUCUAGAAGGUCUUCUACAGUUAGUUGUGGCGAAGAAAUACAAGAUGAAUUCUUCAUCAGACAUUCUAAAUCUAAACUCAAUGCACCUGAACUGACAAUCAAACGUCUGGAGGAUAAACCAAGUGGAAUGGGAACCAAUAGAGAAAUGUCUCGCAGUGAAAAAUUUUCACGAUUAAAAAUCUCAGAUUUCAAUCAGAAAGACUCGAAACCAAUAGGAGCAAGUAACGAAAUGGUCUCUGAUAAUCGGUCGGCAGCAAAUUGUGAAGAGAAUCAAAAUCGGACCAAACCAAUUUUGAAAACAAAUCUUCAACGACAGAACCGAGUGUGGAAGCGUCCAACUAAGACGCGAACAAUAUCUGACACCGGAAGCGGAAGUUCUGAUGAUAAUGAAAGCUUUGCAGCCACGACGACGACGACGAUGACGACGACAGCGACAACAACGAUAAGAACAGCAGAUGUCACAAUAGUAACUGCAUCAUCACCCUCAUCAUCAUCAUCAACAACAACAGCAACUACAACAACGACUACGAAAGCAGAAAUAUCAGCCCUUGCUUCUCGUUAUUCUAACGAUGAAAUAAACAUGCUGACUCCUGAAUGUUCCAGAUACUUGCUACCGUCGGAGUGCGAUGGACAACGGAAGUUAGAAUUAAGAACGUUUAUGAGGAAAGAUUUCAACAGCAGCACAGACACCGUUGUACCGUCAUCAAAUAGCUUUGAAAAUGCGAGUGACAUAAAUAACAAGUGUGGAAAUGACAGUUCGGUUACGUUUCAGCCUCAAUCAGUAGAAACAAAUAGCAAGGAAGUGAUGGUGAAAUACGAAAACGUAUCGGUACCGACAUCGGACCGUGACACAGGCGAAGUGUCGACGCCAAAGCAUCACGUGGCAGAAGAUGGUUCGAACCACACAAAACCUUCAGAACAUCUUCAGCCAAAUGGGGACAAUGAUACAGCGGCAGUCGGAAAGGUUAACAAGAAUAAUGAUGAUCUCGAAUAUAUCGCUUUAGUUGUGGUUUGCCGUCAACCCUGACAGCAUUGGACGAACAAGGAGCGUAUUUUAAUCUCUUUCACUGGCCGGCGGGAAAAAGGAAAAAAAGUAGGAAGGAAGGAAGGAUUGAGAAAUGAAAGAAAGGAAACGACAGAAAGAAAGAAAGAAAGAAAGAAAGAAUGAGAGAAACAAAGAGAGAAAGAAGAAAUGAAGGAAAGAAUAAGAGGGAAGAAAGAAAGAGAAAAGGAAAUAAAGGAAGAAAGAAAGAAAGAAAGAAAGAGAAAAGGAAAUAAAGGAAGAAAGGAAAGAAAGAGAGAAGAAAAGAAAGAAAAAUAAGGGGCGAGAAAUAAGAAAGAAGCAUGGAUGAAAAGAAAAAUAAGACAGAUAGAUAGAUAGAAGGAAAGAGGAAAGAAAGGAAGGAAUAAAAAAGAAAGGCAGAAAGAGAGAAAGAAAAGAAAGAAAACAAUGCAAUUACUAUUAUUUAGUGUUUAUUGUCUAAUAAAAUUGGUGAUGUCUCACAGAUAAUUUCAGAGAUAUUUUUGGAUUUAUUUGAAAUUCAGACAUUGAAUGGUUCUUCAUCAAAUCAACGUCCAUUUUAUAUAAUGGCGGCUUUGUUUCUAACUUUUUCACUUCCUUCCUUUCUUCUUACCAAUAUCUUUUUCUCUUUCACUUCCUCUCUCUCUCUCUCUCUCUCUCCCUCUCUUCAUCUCUCUCUCUCCCUCUCUUCAUCUCUCUCUCUCUCUCUCUCUCUCUCUCUCUCUCUCCAUAUACGUAUAUAUAUAUACAUACACUCACGCACAUAUGUAUAUACACACACACACAUUUAUG